UUCGCCUGCAGCCACGCAACGUGAUAAAGUGGCUCUGUGCAGGCAGCCCGCAGACUGCCCGACGGCAACGCCGAUGGGGAACGCCAGGCGAGGUUGGAGCGGGGCUCUGGCUGCCCUUUGAGCCGAGGGGAAGCGGCGGCGUCAUGCCAUGGAGGGUCGGGGUUCCGCGGUGCUCGGCUUGGGGCAACUCUUAGCUCCGUUUGGGGAGCGCCAGCUGCAAGAAGAGGCCGCCUCCCUCCCGCUAUGGCAGAGCAGAAGCUCGGAGGCCGAGGAGGCGCUUUUGCAGGCGAGGGAGGAAGCGGGCGACUGCGCGGCGGGAGCUGCCGGGGAGCAGGACGACGAGGAGGCGCUGCGGGAGUUGCGCCGCCGCCACGGGCGCUCCCUUUCGCUGCCAGCCAGCCCGACAUUAGCCGACGCGCGGCUGUCCCCGGGCAGGAGAAGCGCAGGCGGCGGCGAGGAGCACGGCGGAGCGGCUGGGGCGGCGAGCGACUGCUGCACGAAGUGCAAGAAGCGGGUGCAGUUCGCUGACUCGCUGGGGCUGUGCCUGGCCAGCGUGAAGCACUUCAGCGCGGCCGACGAGCCGCAGGUGCCGCCGGCGGUGCUCUCCCGCCUGCAGAGCUUCCCCAUGCGCCAGCGGGACCUGGAGGAGUUCAGCGCCGCCCUGGCGGGGCUGGGCGGCUGCGCGGCGCCUCCUGCGGCGCGGGUGCUCCCGCUGCCGCAGGCUCGCCAGCUGGUGGCCCGCUUCGAGGCGGGCGGGGAGCGGCUGGACGCCGAGCGGCUGCGGCGGGAGCGCGUGUGCCUGGAGGAGGCCACGGGGACGGUGGUGGCCGGGGCGCCCUCGGACGUGCGCGGCGUGGUGCGGGUGUUGGGCUGCCCCGGCGCCAAGGAGGUGACGGUGCGCUACACUUUCAACGAAUGGCUCUCCUUCCUGGACUCCCCGGCUGUGCCGCUGCCCUCCGACGGGGUGCCCGCGGCGUCGGCGGCUUCCAGCCCGGUGGAGCGCUACCAGUUCACCUUGUGCCUCCCGCCUGGCCUGCAGGAGGACACGGCCGUGCAUUUCGCCAUCUGCUACCGCAGCCAGCAAGGCGAAUACUGGGACAACAAUGGGGGCGUCAACUACACCCUGCGCGGCUCCCAGCCCGAGAAAGCCUCGUCGUCCCUGCAGUGAGGCUGCGGUGGCCGCGGUCUGGGGUCAACUGUCCAGCCUCCGCCGGCCGGGCGUGGAGGUGGGGAAAAGCCCAACGUCUGCCCGGUGUGGCCUCCCAAGCCCCUGCAAUGUGGAGGGGCAACCAGCCCUCAACCUACCUGUGUGCCUUUCCUCUUCCAGCGUCCCCAAACCUGGAGGGCAUCUAGUAGCCAUCUGUGCCUUUGCGUCUGUUUUUAUUGCCCCAAACCGAACAAGCAACAUGCUUGUCAGGGAGCCCAGUCGAGCUUUGUGGAGAAAUGUGGGAAGAGAAUCUGAGAACUAAGGCCUGACCAGGACAGAGGGGCCAGAGGGCUUGGCCUUCCCCCAUUUUCAAAACAUUGGUGCACUCUUUUAGGCAGAGGGACUUGUUACUUGGAACCAUUUUGCUGUGAAUUGGAUUGUGGAUAUAUAGACUGCUGGGUCCACAUUUUCUGGAAUGCACUUUAAAUAAGUUCAGAGAGGAGGAAGGAAGGGAGUUGACAAUUUUAGUGAGUCCUAGUGCCUUUGGUGUGGAAGCCUGCAAAAGUUGACCUAUCUUCACUUUCCAUUACAUGAAGACCUUUAACAUGUCUAGAAGAAUGCAGUAUGAUGGAGAUUUUUAAGAGCUGGGGAAAUAGGUGUUUGGGACAUACUUUUUAAAAAGGUCUCUUUCUCCCUCUCUUCCAACUUGAAUAUUGUGCCUUGAAUGAGGGGUUUUUCUACACUGACGAGACCAAACUAACGUUUUGCGUUUAGGAAUAGAGGCAUUCAUUCUCCCAGCAAAGAUGUAAAGUACUGUUGGCUUGAUUUUUGUUUGUAAUAGAGAGGUGUGUCAGAGAAAUGGUGAAUAUAAUCAAAAAUUGGGGCUAGAAGAAAUGCUGCUUUUUUAAAAGGUGGGGGGACUAUGUAUACUUUCUUGCACCUCUCACUUUUCACUGAAGUCUUUAGGCUGUGAUCCACUUAAUAUUUCUAUGUGAUUAUGUAUGGUGUUAACUCCUAAAAAAUAGCACAUGUUGGCUUUUGGGAUCUAUGCAAGAUGUAAUUGCUGCGUGGGUGAAUUCAUUAAACCAGUAGGGGUGUAAUAGCCAUUGGAAAACUGCCUUAAAAACUAGUGUGCUCCUGGUAUAAGGGUACAUCUCUCCCAGUAUUUCUAAUAGUUGUAUAGAGUAAGAAACUUCAGCUUGAAAUCUUCUAUCUUGCAGAACACAUUCUCCUACACAAUGGUUAAAAGUGCUGCAAACCUGUCCUCCUUUACCUCUUGCCACCUUAUUCCAUGCUGGCUUGUAACUGCAUCUGGCACAGAUUUUUCCAGAAGAUUUUGCUGUUUAAGGAGGGUACAAGACAGCUCUGCAUGCAUCUGACUGACUGAGCAAUGAGCAAGCAUGUAAUAGGAUUUUGGGGAGGGUGACACCACCCCAAAUUGUUGAAUGGAUCAGCCUUGGAGUAUACAGACCAAUGCUACUUAAAAAGUUAAGACCACCCCAGACCUUCCUUCCUUUGCUUUUUCACUUGAAAUAGACUGGUAUACUGUGACAAUACCUGCUGAUGGAGCAGUCAUUGUUAUGUUGCUUGUGAUGUAAGCACAAUCCUCUUCACUUAAGUGUCAUGAAUCCGUUGCUUAGUGGAGGGAACCCUAUAAAAGCUAUGCUUUUGUCGGAAACGGCCUGCACUUUCAUAACCCUAAGUGGCUCAUUAAGCUAGUUUGUAGAAUUAAUAACAGCAAUCAGUCUGGGAAACUUGUUGCUAAAACAGAUUUUGGAAGGGCCAAUUCAGUGACCGCUUACCUGGGUAUCUUCUUGUUGCUGGGAUUAUAAUCAACCUAAUGGUCAUUGAGCUGUACCCUGAAAGUCCUGUUUUAGCAGCGAUGUUGUAUUAAAGCUCCACCUGUCUUAUUAAAUGGUUGAAUAAUUGACCAUUUUAAAGGGACAUAGCUGUUGUUAUUCAAAGGCAAAAUUGUAGGUAUUUUAUACUAUUUAUUCACGCACUAAAACAUGGAAAGUUGGAUCUUUUCCUCGUUUGGAAUUGUGAAAAUGUAUACUGUGAUUCAGGGUUUGUUAUUGCCUAGAAGCAUGUUAAAAGAUUGACACCCCUGUAAGAGGAAAGUGCACACAACAUGGACGUGGAGACAGAUGUGACUAAUGGGAAACUAUUGUGAAGCUCCUGCUGGUUGUUUUAAGGGAGUUUGCAUGCAAAUUCUGUUGAAGACCUAGCAUUCUAGAAGAUGAAGGGAGAUAGCAAAGAACCCCCCCCCCCCCGCAGAACCAUGUUCUGUUACGUUUGAGCUUCACUUCCUGCAGCUGGCUGUAUGAAUGCAUCUUCUCAUAGAAUCACUUGGCUGCUUGCUUAAAGUUUACACCUUUUGAGGAGACUGGGGGCCACCUCAUAGUAAAGAAAAUGUGUCUCCUCACUCUCUGUCACACAUACUGCAAACAACAGUCAAUAAUGUAACACCUGAAAAUCGGUAAAUGUGAAUCUAGGAGCCUGGCCUGUCACGGCCCCCAAACACAUGCUAUACUGCAUGUUUGCAGCAACUGUGUCCCUUUCAUCCAUUAUGGUGUUUCUGCAGUGAAUGUGCAGUGAGUACUUGCUUUUCUGUGUUGUGUGGAGGAGCCAAGAAUCCUGUAGCCACUUGGUGGUGUUGCAGUGAAGUAUGUAUAACAAACAAAUGAAAUCUGGGUAUCUUUGGAAACUCCAUGGUGCUCUUAAAAGAGUUAAACUGCUUUUUGUUGGGUUUUGAUGGGGAGAGAGCUGACAGUCCACUAGUGAGUCAUACUAUAUAACCUUGGACUCUGCUUUCAAAAACUAUUUCAGUCAAAAGUUGCAAUGUAGGUUUUUUGUUUUGUUUUGUUUUUUGUCCCAGUGGCCUAGUAGCGUGUGUACAGCAAAGCACAGUGCCUUAUGCCACAUUGAAUGUUCUUAAACUAUUGUCCAACCGGAGCAGUAAUAAGCAGUCUCAAAGAAAUAAAUCAUUCUUAGUCACUGUGUUGUAAAUGCAUUAAAAAGUGUGAAGGUUUUUAUUUUAAACGAGUUUCCAAAGUAUUUAAACAUAGCACUUGAAUAAGCUAGCACAAAUAUGCAGAAUUCUUAACACUAUCUUUUUCGUUUAAAUGAACGUUGAUAUGGUGCCAAAGAGCCAGCAGUGAGUCACUUUGUGUUCAACAUAAACCAUGCUGCCAUUAUUGCCUUAAGGGGUAACAAUCCUGUCAUCUUGAGAUGAGGAGGAGCUGGUUUAUAUUUUUUUCCCAUGGAAUAAUGUUUAUACACUGAAAAAAAUCCAUGCAUGCAUGCAUGCCUAAUAAACUUAAAUACCUAUGGCCUGAGUAGGCACUCUGCGAAAUCUUUAGUUUAUCAUGUCAUGCUGGCUGUGCACAAGAGAACUGUGGAGUUCUUCUCUUU